GCUCAGCAGGGGAAAGAGGAGUGCAGACAUCUGUGAGAGGCUGACCAGGAUGGAAGGCAAGGUAUAUCUGGGCGGUGAGGACUAUGAAAGGGAGUUCAGUCCCAAGGACUACCUGACCACCUUCUACAGCUUCGACUCGGGCGCGGUGGCAGAACGGGAGGUCGUAAAGUUUAGCCUGCAGAACCUCUACCAGACCUUCUCUGCAGGAGGUGUAGGGGGCGAUGUCCUGAUCGACAUUGGCUCUGGCCCCACCAUCUACCAGCUGCUUUUAGCAUGCGAGGUCUUCCGGGAGAUCAUCGCCACGGACUACACUCCGCAGAACCUGCAGGAGCUGCAGAAAUGGCUGAAGAAGGAGCCAGGGGCCUAUGACUGGUCCUCCAUAGUGCAGCAUGCGUGUGAGCUGGAGGGAGACAGAAGCAGGUGGCAGGAGAAGGAGGCCAAGCUCCGAAGGACCGUCACUCGUGUGCUGAGGUGUGAUGUGACCAAGACACCCCCGCUGGGGUCAGCUCAAGUGCCUCUGGCUGACUGCGUGCUGACCUUGCUGGCCAUGGAGUGUGCCUGCCCUGACGUGGAGACCUACCGGGCAGCCUUGUGCAGACUGGCUGGCCUGCUGAAGCCAGGGGGCCACCUGGUGACCUUGGUUACUCUGCGCUUCCAGCACUACAUGGUGGGCCCCAAGAAGUUCUCUGGGGUCUACCUGGAGAAGGAGACAGUAGAGAAGGCUAUUCAAGAUGCUGGUUGCCAGGUGCUGAGGUGCAACUGUGUCUCCCUCAGCUACUCGCCAGCCUACUGUGUCAAUGACGGCUUAUGCUUUGUGGUUGCCCGCAAGAGCCCCAGCGCCUGAGGCCACUGGCAGAGAAGAGCCUUCCCUGGAGAAGUUAUGGCAAACACUUGUAAAGUUUUGCUCCACCACUCUCUAACACUCAUCUUGUUCCUUUUAUGUAUUACCCGGUCAAAAGGUCACAAGGAAAAACCUGAAAUCCUCUAUUUUCAGAGCCAAAACCCAUUCCUCUUUCUCCCUUUUCUUACUCUGGCCAAAGCUCAUUAAAAUAAAGUGGUUUCUCUGGA